AUGGUGUACCGAGGCAAGCCAUCCAGAGGUUGUGAAAAUUGCCGGAAAAGGAAGAUCCGGUGCGAUCGGGCUCCUGAUGGGUGUUUGAACUGUUCUCUGGCUUCAUUUCGGUGCCCCAGAUACCGGAACGAGACCGACCUCCUUUUCCGCGAUGAAAGAGAGCACACGAUCAGAAGGGUUGAAGCCCACAUUAAAAAAAAGGAAACGAACGGAUCGUUCUCAUCAACCAACCACGAUGUGAGUCGCGUUUCAUCAACCGAGUUGAGCUCGAUUCCAUUCGCAUCUGGGCAAUCCCAGUCGGUGGCCCAACAUCCAAGGUCACUCCGAUACUACGACUUCGGAGCCCGAGGAAUGCCUUCAGGCUCGCCAUAUGACUCCUCCAGAUUGAUCCUUGAAAUGUCAAAUGACUUUUUCCAUCUGCAUUACACCAUCCAUACUCCAGACUCACACCAGUACGUCCCAGCGCGGUCAAAUACCUCGAGGGUCACACCUGAUGGAGUAUUGACAGCUUGUAUGCGAUCAGUGGGAGGUAUUGGACUCUCGAGUACUCAUAACCAUGUCGACUACGAAAUGACCACACAGCAAAUGUACGGCUCGUCUAUAAGGAUGGUGAAUGUCCUGCUCCAGGACCCUAGAUCUGCCAAGGACGACAAGACUCUACUUGCUGUACUGCUGUUGAGCUACUUCGAGGAAAUGAAUCUACGACUGCCCUGUGACAUCGCUGCCAAAGAGGCCCACAUCCUUGGGGGUUUGUCUUUGCUCAGGUAUCGGGGCAUAAAACAACUUCAAACGCCAUCCGAGAUAAGACUAUUUGCGCAGUUGACAUCCUGUUUGACUAACUACUGCGUCCAAUAUCGUGUACGCCUCCCACAAGAGAUUGCUGAGCUCACCGAGUGCGCCACCCUUCAUGUCGAACGAGACAUAUCGUGGCAUGUAUUCCAAACCAAAGUCAAAUUUACCCACUUUUACGUGCAAACAAUAUCUACUCCCGUGGUGGAUCCCCAUACUGUGCUCGAGAGAGCCCUGGAAUUCGACCGAGCUUUUGCGGACACCAAAAAAUACAUGAAGCCUGGAUGGACAUACAAAGCGAUGCAAACAAGUGGAGAACGAGAGGUUAUCAUCGAUGGCUGCUACCACAUCUAUGACAACUACUUCGCUGCCACGGUAUGGAACGACAUGCGAGGCUAUCGCAUGCUAGCAAACCGACUCGUCUUUGAGCUGACGAGACAUCUCCUGGCCACAACCCACCACAAUACGGACAAGCUGAGAAAGCAGUUCCAUGGCGCGGAGACGUCGAUCCAACAGUUGCAGCGCGAGAUUCUCGCGACGGUCCCACAACAUCUAGGAAUGGUUUCGAAGUCCAGUCCGGAGGUGGGCGGGGCCCUGCAGUCCAAGCAAUCCACAACACCCAGGUUCUUAUGGACAGCCUUCAACAGUACCAACUACAACCCGGCAAAGGGUGCAGGGAAUGUCAACACCAUGCCUCUGACAAGGAUUUUUGGUGGUUGUUUACUGCCAUUUUCUCUCUAUCUUGUCGACUUAGUAGAUACCGGCGGCUCGAAGUCUUUGGCAGAGCCUACUAUGCGAAUUCUGAGAACAGUGGCCAACUACUUGGGCGUCCGUCAGGCAGCUUUCUACGCUGGUGAGAUUCAGAAGAGGCAGGGAGGCAAAUCAAAUCUGUUGAAAUUCGAUGGAGAUGACAUUUGA